AAAAGAACCCGAGCUAGCAACGUAAGCACCUAAUUAAUUUUCAUGAGGUAGACCCCAAGUCGGUUUGUGAGCAGGUGAACGCUGGAUUCUCGCCACCAAGCAAUAAAAAUGCCUUGACAAGGCAUCAAAUAAGGGAGAAAGUUUCUGUUAAAACUGGCAGAAAAGCCAGUAGAUCAAAACAAGGUCCAGUAGACAAACAUUCAUUGGAAAUGGAAGAAAGUCAACUUCUUCAUCGAAACGCGUCUGUUCCAAAGUAAGCGACUCUACCGAGACUUCAGAAAUAUUAAGCACCCCAGCAAAGAUGGCUGAUGACCGCGUAGCCAUCUUAACUGACGAUGAAGAGGAGCUGAAGAGGAGAAACCUCGAACGCUUCGACCGUCUGUCACUUGAGAUUCAAUCAGAUCAACCUUCGCAAUCAUCUGCGGACAAAGUACCUAAUGAUACAGCACCGACUCCAUCUGUUCAGCAUGACAUGAGCUGCUGUGAACGAUUGUUCCUACGGGUCAACCCCCACCUUCUUGUGUCAAAAGUGUUUUAUUUGUUCUUUUAUGCUGCAUAUGGUUCCCUCCAUCCACUUCUUGCUUUGUACUACAAGCAGCUGGGUAUGAAUCCCACCCAAAGUGGUCUCCUAGUGGGAAUUCGUUAUUUCAUUGAGUUCUGUAGCGCCCCUUUUUGGGGCAUUGUCGCAGAUCGUUUCAGGAAAGGUAAAGCAGUCUUAUUGUUCUCAAUGUUAUGCUGGGUCCUCUUCAAUUCUGGGAUUGGCAUUGUGCAGCCAGCGGACAUGAAGUGUAAAGAGGAGAACCUCCUGACAACCACAGCUAUGGUACCGACUGUCCACACUACCACAUCUAACGAGACAUUCUACCUCAACACCAGUUCCAUCCCGACAACAAAUCAGAUGAGACGCCGCAGGGAUCUGAUUAGACUCUACCCUUGGCGAACCAUUCUUCACUCCAUUCAGUCUUCAGGCUACAACUCUGAACACCGAUUCAAACGGGAUUCCAACUCAAGUUUCACAGUGGCACCUGAUGAAUUGGCUAACACAACCCAAUCUGACCAAACCACCAUCACAAGGCCUGAGCCAAGCACAUCUGGCUCAACACCAGCCCCAAACACCACGUCUGGCAGCACUAUUCAGAGUACUACAACCAAACCAAACCAAACUCCUGAAUAUAACAAGGACCAGGUUCAUUCCAUUUUUCUGCUGAUUCUGCUCGUCGUCAUCAUUGGCGAGUUUUUCAGUGCUCCAGCCAUUACCAUUGUGGAUACAGUGACUCUGCAAUAUCUGGGUCCACACCGUGACCGCUACGGUCUCCAGCGCAUGUGGGGAUCUCUAGGCUGGGGUAUAGCCAUGCUCUGUGUCGGCAUCUGGAUCGACCACACUAGCACUAACCUUGUCAUCGGCAACAAGGAGUGCUUCAUGGAAAAUUACAAGAACUACCACACUGCCUUCAUUGUGUUUGGCGUAUUAAUGGGAAUAGCUUUGAUCGUUGCCACUCAGUUUAAGUUUGAUGUUCAGCACCAAAACACGAUUGAAGGGAACGAGGUCGGCAACCAGCAGCAAAACGCCCAAACUAGAGGUUCCCCUGGAAUGGAGAACUCUGAGACCCCAACAAUUGUCCAAGUCGAGGAGUUCCACUUCUGGGACUUGAUGCGACUGCUGUGUGGCAUACAGUACAGCACUGUGUUAUUUGUGGCCUGGUUCAUGGGCUUCGGCUAUGGGUUUGUUUUCACUUUCCUUUACUGGCAUUUACAGGACCUGACAGGAACCACAACGCUGUUUGGUGUUUGCUCUGUCCUAAGUCACUUGUCAGAGCUUGCUGCCUAUUUUACCAGCCAUAAAUUCAUCGAACUGGUGGGACACAUCAGAGUUUUGUACAUCGGCCUGGCCUGCAACACAGCACGCUACCUCUAUAUCUCGUAUCUGAAGAAUGCCUGGACUGUGCUGCCCAUGGAAGUGCUGCAAGGCAUAACGCAUGCAUCCGUGUGGGCGGCGUGUAUCUCAUAUUUGAGCGCGGCUGUACCUCCGUCUCUUCGGACAUCUGCUCAGGGCAUCCUGCAGGGUCUCCACCUUGGGCUGGGCAGGGGCUGUGGGGCGAUGGUCGGCGGGGUAUUUGUCAACUACUUUGGUGCUGCCGAAACAUUCAGGGGAAUAGGAAUGACCUCACUUGUUAUUUUGCUCAUCUUUUCAUUGAUUAUGUGCAUCACUGGCCAGAAUGAGAAAAAAGAGGACAAGAUGCUAGCAGAGAACAUUCCUAUCGCGUCCAGUCCUGUUCCCAUAGCGACCAUUGACCUGGUUCAGAACACAACAGACGUGGCGGCACCCGCUCGACCUGAACCCAAACUUCCGGCUCGGAAAACACGGCACCAGGAGGAGCAGGAGGAUCUGAACAAGCCCGCUUGGGUUGCCUCUGGUUCGCCGUGGGUUACAGUCGUUCUACUGGUUUACCAAAUCAGAGACAUGGUUGUCAUUGCAAAGACCCAUGUUGAAGUCCAGCCCCUUCAGGUAACGCAGAAGAAACUAAGAGGACGAUGGUGAUGAAUAAUGUGAAUAU